CUAUUCGUCAGAUGGAUUUUUAAGAAACGUGUGGAAUAAGACUAAGAAAAUUAAAUAACUUUUGAGACAUCCUCAAAGUUUAACUAAGUUUCUAGUUAAAUAGGGACUCCUUAAAACAUGGAAGCAACAUAUGACUCACAAUUUGGACCUCCUCUUCCAGGACAAGCAUGGUAUAAUCCUUCAUCAGGUGUAGUUGAAGUACCGCCAACAAGCAGAUCACUUUAUCCACCAACAGGUCCAGCUGCUACGCAAUGGGUUUCUCUUCCCUCUUGUCCUACAAAUUGUCCACCAGGACUGGAGUACUUGACCAUGAUCGACCAACUUUUGGUGCAACAGAAUAUAGAACUUUUGGAAGCACUUGUUGGGCUUGAAACUAAUAAUAAAUAUCAAGUGAAAAACAACAUGGGCCAGAACGUGUAUUAUGCUGCCGAAGAUACACACUGCUGUACCAGGUACUGGUGUGGUCCAAUUCGACCAUUUAACAUGAAAAUAUUGGACAGUAGUGGCCGUGAAGUUAUUCAUCUCUACAGACCACUACGAUGUGAUUCUUGUUGUUGUCCUUGCUGUCUACAGGAAAUGGAAGUUACUGCCUCAGGCUCUACCAUAGGUUUUGUCAAACAAGAGUGGAGUAUUUGUAUCCCAAAGUACAGAGUUGAAAAUGCUGCCAAGGAGUGUAUUUUACGGAUUGAAGGACCAUUUUGUCAAUGCACUAUGUGUGGUGAUGUGAAUUUUAAGGUACUUUCCCAUGAUGGAAGUAAAGAAGUUGGAAAAAUCACUAAACAAUGGUCAGGAUUAGUUAAAGAAAUGUUCACAGAUGCAGAUAAUUUUGGGAUUACAUUCCCAAUGAAUUUAGAUGUCAACAUAAAAGCUGUUCUUCUUGGAGCCUGCUUUAUGAUCGACUUCAUGUUUUUUGAGCACACCGCAAAGUAGGAAUCCGACUGCCCAAGGAUAUGUUGGAGAGAUUCGGACCAGUAAUAACUAUGUGAUAAUCUGGUGGAAGUAUUUAUCUCGUUGAUAUUGAGUAAAAAUAAUAAUAUAUAAUCUACAUACGAAGGAAUUAAAUAUCAAGAAAAUCCAGUUUUUUUUUCUCUAUAUUUUGUUUUGUUUUUCACAAAUAUUGGGCAAGUUUGAUUGUUUGUCAACCACCCUUGUACACAACACGUUUCUAUUUUGAAAUAUUAUACUUAGUAGUUUGUGGUUUUGAUGUCACAGUGCAAUAUACAUCGUGAUUUAUCUGGUCAAACUUACAAAUAUAUUUUUUUAGUGUAGUGUGGAAUCAGAUUAGUUGAUCUCAUCAUAAUCCCUAAUGUACAGCAUGUAUUACUUUUUUUAACUCAUAGUUUUUAAAAAACGAUUAUUUUAUACACAAUUCUAUAACAUGUAUUACUGUUUCAAAUGUCCAGAUAUUUCAUUAAUGCUUCUUGUAAAAAUCCUUUGACAUCCUGCAAAAGGGGAACAUUAUAAUGUAACAAUUUAAAGCUAAUAAUCUGAAUAGAUGAAUAUGAAGCUUAAAGAUAGAAGAAGUAUACAUAACUGUGAAAACAAAAAUUAAUUACAUACAAGUUUAUGGUUACAAAAAGCAAUAGAUAUUCAUAUAAUCAUAUUUAUUUUGCAUUUCUGUACAAUGGAUUCCAAGAUGAACUACAAUUUUGGUACCAACCAUAUCAUUAAAAAUUUAUGCUAAAAAUUGUAUCAAAAGUAAUACAAAGUGUUUUUAAGUAACUCUCAGGCAUUUUCGUUAUUUUCUCUAAGUAAAUAAAGGUUUUUCGAAUCAUCCAGAUUUUACUUUCACAUUGAUAAUCUUUGGAAAUAUAAACUAAACAAAUUCUAAUAAACUACAUAUUUCUGGAAUAAGAGAGUUUAACUUAGCUAUACUAUAAAUUAUUUAAUGUACCUUAAACAUAAACCCUAAUACAACGUGAACAUUGCGGUCAAAAUAAUUGUGACAUACUUAGAGUAGCAAAAUGGAUAAAAUUAUUUUAACUAGCUAAAAAACCGUAUUUACAACAAUUAUUUGUUUUUGUACCCAUUGUAAACAGUUAACAGGGUGAACAUAUAAUUCAUACAACAGUUGUUUUGUGCCAAACUUAAUUCCAAAUUUGUAGUAAAUACGUAUUGAUCUAGCUCUCUUAGAUCUUACAUAAGAUGAGAAUUUUUAUAUAUAUUGAAAAUUCUCACAUCGUAUUGAAUCAGUAAAUGAGAACAUCUUAAAUUUAAUUUAUAUAACGUAGUCAUAAUGAGCCGUUUGUUUUAUGCCUGUACGGCAAUCACAGAACAAUUGUAGACAAAAUAUGUGGUUUUGAAAAUAUUUAAACGUGUUUUUAUCAUUGAAAGAAAUGCAUAUGAUUCAUGUCACAAAUUAAAAGUUUUUUUGUAUUUAAGUGUGAAUUGUAGUGCUUUUGAUUAGUGUGGAUUUGAAGUUUACUUUUUGCUGUCACUUAUUGUACCAAAACUGUUUUGUUUGAUUACUCAUUUUACUCCAGAUUACUAUAAAAUACCAAAUGUAGUUUUUACUGACACUAGGACAUCCUCUUACACGUACUUUCAGUAUUCCAAUGUGGUAUAAUACCAAAUGUAGUUUUUACUGACACUAGGACAUCUAACUGUUUUGUUUGAUUACUCAUUUUACUCCAGAUUACUAUAAAAUAACAAAUGUAGUUUUUACUGACACUAGGACAUCCAACUGUUUUGUUUGAUUACUCAUUUUACUCCAGAUUACUAUAAAAAACCAAAUGUAGUUUUUACUAACACUAGGACAUCCAACUGUUUUGUUUGAUUACUCAAAUUACUCCAGAUUACUAUAAAAUACCAAAUGUAGUUUUUACUGACACUAGGACAUCCAACUGUUUUGUUUGAUUACUCAUUUUACUCCAGAUUACUAUAAAAUAACAAAUGUAGUUUUUACUGACACUAGGACAUCCAACUGUUUUGUUUGAUUACUCAUUUUACUCCAGAUUACUAUAAAAUACAAAUGUAGUUUUUACUGACACUAAGACAUUCAACUGUUUUGUUUGAUUACUCAUUUUACUCCAGAUUACUAUAAAAUACCAAAUGUAGUUUUUACUGACACUAGGACAUCCUCUUACACGUACUUUCAGUAUUCCAAUGUGGUAUAAUACCAAAUGUAGUUUUUACUGACACUAGGACAUCCUCUUACACGUACUUUCAGUAUUUCAAUGUGGUAUGAUUUUUUACCUAUCAUCAAGAGUAAGUUGUGGGAAAACUUUAAACUUCCUAACAUUUUAUAUGAUUGGAAGCUCCAGAUCUCAAGAAUGGAUGUUAAUUAUGAAAUGACGUAAAAGUUUGAGAUAGCAUUAAAGGUAUUACAGGCUAUAGACUGAAAGGCCAAUUUCUUAUGGACAUUCAACUUUCCCUCUACGUCUUCGUCAUUACUACUGUAUUGAACCUUGUGUUUAAUCUAACUUGAUUCAGAUAUGAAAUUGGUUUUAUAUUUCGUAUUUUGUAUUGUAAACCCUAUAAUCAAAAUGCAUAUUAUAUUUUAUUUCAGAAGCUUUUGUCUGAUUAUUUUGUAUGUUAAACGUUGCUUUGUUUUCUCAUUUGACACGGAAAACUCAAGUAUUUCAAUGAAACAGAUUUACCUUACAUUAUUAUUUUUACAAUAUGUUUUAGUCAUUUAAGUACUUUGAAAGAUAACAUGCUUUUUGUCACGGUUUCAAUGAGUUUGUAGAAAAAUAGACCAUUUAUGUGUGAAAACUCUAGUAGCUCAUUAAAUAAUUUAUUUAAA